AUGCCGCGCACGGCCCAGAGCCGGGCUCUGAUCGUCCACCCGCGCUUCGUGCACGCAAACCCGCCGGCGGCGGCCGCGCCACUGCCCGGUGCAGACUGGCACUCGCUGCCCUUUGAACUGCUGGAAGCCAUUGCCGGGCACCUGGACAAGGCCCAGGACUUGCUGGCGCUGUCAUCGGUCUGCAGAGACGCCAGGCCGCUGGCGGCCCACCCCACGCUGUGGAGGCAGCUGUGCCGCCGCCGGUUUGGCGUGCCGCCGCCCGAGGACCUGGGCCUGGAGGACCCGGCUGCCAGGGAGCCUAGCUUCUGGCUGGACCUCUUCAUAUACAACCACCGCUGCUUCAUGCACAUGGUGCGCAGCACGCAGCAGCCCACCGACGCACGGUUUGGCGCCGGCUUUGGCGCGGGCGCCCCGCUCAUCAUCCAGCUGCAGUGA